CGCUGCCCAGCCUCCGACAACCUGGGGCCGGGACCCCCAGCGAUCCGCUCGGGUCCCCUCCCCGGGAGGGGCGAUGGGAUCGCCAUUGGGGUGGGGGAAAAACUCCUGUACCCCACGGACCGCGGAUCCGGCCACCUCAGCCUUGGCCUUCCCACUCUGAUUUGACCGCAGUGCGGCGGGGAGGACUAAACGCCCUCCUUCCAGAGCGAUUACCUUUGCCGCGAGUUCUUUGGGGGAAACAGGAUCUGCAAAGCAAGGCAGGCCGGUGGGAGCGCCCCUCUCUGGACAAGAUGAAGCUCAUCAUCCUGGACCACUAUUCUCAGGCCAGUGAGUGGGCAGCCAAAUACAUCAGGAACCGCAUCAUCCAGUUUAACCCAGGGCCAGACAAGUACUUCACCCUGGGGCUCCCUACUGGGAGCACCCCACUUGGCUGCUACAAGAAGCUGAUUGAAUACUACAAGAAUGGAGACCUGUCCUUCAAAUAUGUGAAGACUUUCAACAUGGACGAGUAUGUGGGCCUUCCUCGAGACCACCCGGAGAGCUACCACUCCUUCAUGUGGAACAACUUCUUCAAGCACAUUGACAUCCACCCAGAAAACACCCACAUUCUGGAUGGGAAUGCAGCUGACCUGCAGGCUGAGUGUGAUGCCUUUGAAGAGAAGAUCAAGGCUGCGGGUGGGAUUGAGCUGUUUGUUGGAGGCAUCGGCCCUGACGGACACAUUGCCUUCAACGAGCCAGGGUCCAGUCUGGUGUCCAGGACCCGUGUGAAGACGCUGGCCAUGGACACCAUCCUGGCCAAUGCUAGGUUCUUCGAUGGAGAUCUCGCCAAGGUGCCCACCAUGGCCCUGACGGUGGGUGUGGGCACUGUCAUGGAUGCUAGAGAGGUGAUGAUCCUCAUCACGGGUGCUCACAAGGCGUUUGCUCUAUACAAGGCCAUCGAGGAGGGAGUGAACCACAUGUGGACCGUGUCUGCCUUCCAGCAGCAUCCCCGCACGGUGUUUGUGUGCGACGAGGAUGCCACCCUGGAGUUGAAAGUGAAGACCGUCAAGUAUUUCAAAGGUUUAAUGCUUGUUCAUAACAAGUUGGUGGACCCCUUGUACAGUAUCAAAGAGAAAGAAACAGAGAAAAGCCAGUCUUCUAAGAAACCAUACAGUGAUUAGCCUGUGCUAAUCCUAGUGUCAAGUACCUCAUUGGGACAGGCAGGUCUUUCUGGAAAUUGUCUUUAGGAGGACAGAAUUAUAUUUCUUUAAUCUAGUACGGUUACUCCAGAUAAAUGGGUGAACUUACUAUUCUUGGCUAUGCAGCGUGGAGUCUAGUCAUGGAGUUUAGCUACUUGGUUGUAACUUACUGUUAAUCAGAAAAACAAUCACUCCAUAAUUUUGAUGUCAGCUCGACUAGGGGGUUUUAGCUUUUUGUUCUGUCUCUGACGCUGUUCACAUGUACAAUACACUCCUGCCACUAAGUUCUAUCAUUAUGUGCACUGAUUCUCAAUUGGGAGGGAGUUAGGGGCUUAUGUAUAUGGGACAAAACCUCUUUGGAGGGUCCUGAGAGCCCCUCUUGAGCAGGCCUGCCCCUUAUUUGGGAAUCACUGUUUUAGAUUAAGGAAUAAACACUCUCAAUGUCUAAAAUCAGUAUAAGGAAGCAGUCCCUCUGGUCAGUAACAAGUGCCAUGGGAAGGAAACUAUCCCUUACUUUCUUUCCCCAGUUUUUACUGCUCUUUCAGUUGGCCUUUCCGUGAACUCAGAGGACGCCUUGCAGGAGGAUUUGGGUGGGUAGGACUAAGAAGGAGGCUUGUGCUGAUAAACUCAGAGCCUCAAGGGGCCCAGCCACGUCAAACUCCCCUCCAUCAGGGACCUUCCAGCACCAGGAGGAAGGCGGAAACGCUUUUCCCACCAGAGCCCUGUGUUUUGUUCCAAGGUCUCACUGUGGCACCUCUCAUACAUGCUCUUUCAUAAGUCCACAAGGCCAGCAGAUACUGUCAAGUUCAGCGUUGUGUUCAGUCAAGGUGAUGGAGCCAGGGCAAGCAGCUUAGUUGAGUUAGAAACAACACACGAGUGACAUGUUCUACAUCCCUAAGAGCUGAGUGCCAAGAAACAUACCGUUUCUAAAGUUGCCUCAUGUCCUUUCCCCACUGAAAAUACCCUGCCCUUCUAACCCUCCCAGGUUCGUGUGGCAUGGUCUGAUGUUCCCAGAACAUCAGGAAGUACAAUGCUGUUGCUCCUUUACCCUCCACCCCUUGUUCACAAGCUGUCCACUGCUCUGUCUUCUUUUACUCCUCUGCCUUGAUGGUUUGGAUGCUGCCGCUUCCUCCCUAUUUCUGUGCCCAUUUGAAGCUGCUGCUGCCUCUAUUUCUGGGAAAGGCCUUUCAGAGCCUGGCUCAGGCCUCUCUUUAAGUGCUGUGUUUGGUACCAGCAUUUCAUCUUUAGCUUUUAUACGUGAUUGUGCUGUCAUUCUGUUUUAAGCUAAUGGAUCAAUGGACUUGUUUACAAUAUUUUCUAUUAAAUCCAGUAUUU